CCCGUCCGUGCGCGGCUUUCGCUGGCUGGCUGCUUGCUUGGCUAGUUGGCGAGACAUGCCUUUUGUUCCGCGGGGAGAUAUUUUUUAAUAUAUAUAUAUAAUAAAACCGGGGAGACGUAGAACUGUAAUAGAGAAAAGGGGACUCAAACUGUAAGAACGUAACCCCGUUUUUCUGUAUAUUGCUGGGCGACGCGUUAGAGCUCUGUUGACGUUGCAAGGAACCAGGCAGGCCGUUAUAGAGACUUUCAACAAGGGAGUAUGAGUGAGCCUUCACCUACCGCUGCCAGUUGCGAUGUUGCCACUGUUAAAGAAGCGCCAGCACCGCAGACCGACUCCAAGCUGGCGGGGUCUCUAGGGAAGAAGCAGAGCAAGAAGAAGAUGGAGGAGGUGCUGGAGGAGGAAGAGGAGGAGUACGUGGUGGAGAAGGUGCUGGACCGCCGGGUGGCGAAGGGCAAGGUGGAAUAUCUCCUCAAGUGGAAAGGGUUCUCUGACGAGGACAACACGUGGGAGCCGGAGGACAACCUGGACUGCCCGGAUCUGAUCGCGGAGUUCCUGCAGUCCCAGAAGACGGCGACCGAGGCUGACAGGACGGAGACGGGGGGCAAGAGGAAAGCAGAGUCUGACACGGAGACCGCCGGAGAGGAGAGCAAGCCAAAGAAAAAGAAAGAGGAGGCAGAGAAGCCCCGAGGGUUUGCCAGGAGUUUGGAACCGGAAAGAAUAAUCGGAGCGACAGAUUCCAGCGGGGAGCUCAUGUUCCUGAUGAAGUGGAAAAACUCAGACGAGGCUGAUCUGGUCCCCGCCAAGGAGGCCAAUGUGAAGUGUCCACAGGUGGUCAUCUCGUUCUACGAGGAACGGCUCACGUGGCACUCCUACCCAUCGGAGGAAGAGGAGAAGAAAGAGGACAAGAACUAACUGAGGGGCGCCAAAUCCCUCCUUCACUGCUUUCAGCAACAGGGCUGGAAAUAAGACUCCUGUUGCAUAGCAGUUGAACCCGUUCCAGGUUUUAAUACGAGCUUCAUGAGCCCCAUCUGCAGGGCUGCAAAUCGUUUUUUUUUUUUUCUUUUUAAAUUGGUGCUGAACUGUUUUGAAAGUUUAGCACCGGAUAGUUACUGGUGCUAAAGUGAUCAAACUCUCCACCGCUUUUCUCACAACGUCCCACACCAAAACACGAACCUUCUGUCCUGUGUAUGUGGAGCAGUGUGGGGGGGAGCAUGUGAGUAGUCCAGACCCAAUGAGAAACUGUCAUCAUAUGUGGUUGCUAAGCAGUAAAAUAAAUAAUAAUUAAACAUGUCUACUGGCGCCAGAAUUUAAUGUUGGUGCUGGCACAGUAUAAGGUACCCUGGCACUAUAACCUGUGCCAUGGUGCCAAAUUUUCACCCCUGCCCACAGCACGUAGGCAACGAAUUUAGGUGUGCGUCUUAUUAAAAACUAAUAGUAAAACCAGGAAUGGAUCUGCAAGCGGGAGUCGUAUUUCCAGCCCUGCAACAAGAGAUGGACAGUGGUGUGUGUUUUUUUUUAAACACGGAGAAGAGGAGGAAGAGGUUGUUCAGUUGUACAAAAUGUACAGUGAACAGUUUGAAAAGCAAAAAAAGGAAUUGCAGUAUCCCUUUACUGAGCAAGGGAGGAGGGGGGGAGAUCCAGAGUUUGAAGGAGCGUUAGGUUAAAUGAUGUGGGUGUUCAGUUCCCCCCCCCCUUUUUUUUUUUUUUAAACGAAGUACAUGAAAAUUAGGAAUAUAUAUGGACGAAGGCUAUAUUUGCAUCCUGAGCCAUUCUAAAAACAAGACAUAAUACCACAGUAGUGACGUCAAAAAGUGAUCAUUCCUCUAGAGGAAAAUAUACUUGAACUUUGACCCAUUCUCUCGACAACACCCACAGUACAGAAAUGUUCAUUAAUGAUCAACAAAAUGAGAAGACGUUUAAAAAUAAAAAAUAAAAUGUAAAGCUGGUACAUUCAUAUCUCAGAGAAACGGAUAACGACACAGAACGUCUGUACAGCGCUGAAAUACUACUUUUAAAAAAACAGCCUCGUCUUCUUUAAUAUUAGCAUCACAAGGGUUUCUGUGACGGUUUAUAAAUUACUCGACCUUCGGUCACAUAAUUUAUGACGUCACAGAAACCCUAGCUGAAAUUAUUCAGUAACUCACUUUUUUUUUUUUUUAAAUACAUUUAUUUUUUUGGUUACCAUGAGAGUAUUAAACAAUCCUCUUAAAACAGGAGGAGAAUCAGCGAUUGAAGCACAAACUGCAGAGGACGGGGAUUAGGCAUGGUGCAAAACGUUUACAGAACGCUAGUCAUUUAUACUGUCAUACUCCACUGCAGGGUGGAGGUCAAGUCCUUUUCUUUCAAAGGUUUUUUAUUCCUAUUCCCAUUCCUUUUACAACAAAGCCUUUACGGAGCAAGCAUACUUACACCUUGUCCACAGCACAUGCAAUUACACACGUUGCUGGCAAGUUGUAUGUUUGCUCAAUAAAAAGAUUUGGAAUUCAUUGAAAGGUAACUGGAAUUGGAAAUUGCUUUUAAAAAGGAAUUUGAAAUGGAAUUGCAGUUGGGGCUUCAUGCGAGACGGGUUUGCUGCGCUGCGCUGUGGUGUCUGUCGCUUAGGAUUCGGAAGAAAGGGAUACUGCAAGUUUUCUUUCUUUUUGUUUUCUUGUCUCAGAUCUUACCAUCAAGGUUGGGGUCAUUUCCUGUUCCUUCAAAGGAACUGGAAUUCUUAAUGUUAAGAGAUUUGUUAAAACUGCUUUCAUUUGAAGCCAAUGUAAUUGACCAACAGUGGCUUCUGUUGCUUUGAAGCCAAAUUUAAUUGACAAACAGUGACUUCAGUUUAAGCAAUUUAUUGCCACCGUGGGACGCUCAUUUUAACAGAAUACUGCUAAUUGCAAUUUUGAUAGGUGACGGGUUGGAAUUGAUGAAACUGGACUGGGAAUGGGAAUUGGAAACUGGUUUUAGAAAGAGAUUGAAAAUGGAUUUGGAAUUGAAAAACUGAGAUUAACCCCAACCUCCCUUUUUAUUUUAUAUAUAUAUAUACUUUCAUUGUCGAAGACCAGAAAGACUACUAGAGUGGAGAAAACUUUACGUUUUUAUUGAAAAAAUAAAAUUCAAUUACAUUUUAAAAAAGAUUUUGACUUUUGUCCAAAAAUUUUUAAAAAACUUAAACAUUUCUUUUAAAGAAAGUUUCUUGUGUUUGUUUUAUAAAAUUAAGUACCUUUUACUUGUGUAGUCAUAGCAGUGGUAAUAUCGGUAGAAGCUGGGUUUUAAAAAAAAAAAAAAUUGUAUGUCAACAUUACUGUAAACUAUGCAUUUUAAACUAAAGACUAAUUAAAAAAAAAAAAAAGUGGGCGUCGUACUUUUGCACAGCUGUUUGUCUUUGAACAUGGGUAGAUAGCCCAUUGACCACACUAUACAGAAUUCUCACAGAUCCUCGUCUCCCCCUGCAUAAAACUAUUCUUUCAUACUUGUGCAUGCAAUCCCAGGUCAUGCCAAACUUAACAACAGUAACAUGCACUCUUGUUUCAGUUGUUUACAGUCAUGUUGCAGUAACUUUGUCGAUAUUUGAAUUAAAUACUCCAUAAAUUUACUUUGGGGCGGACUCAGCGCUCCAAGCAUAAUGUCACUGACCUCAACUCUUCUGAAGAGGGACAAAUAACAAAGUGCUGACAAUCCACAGCUCUGGCCAAAAGUUUUGCAUCCCCCUGUAGAAUGAACACAUUUUGCUUCAUAAAGUCGAAUGAAACCUGCUGAGUAAUGUUGCGUUAACAUGUUGAAUUGCAUACCGCUUUGUAGUUUUCCCCAUGUGCUUAACGGAAAAAAUGUAAGAUUUGCGAAAUCUAACAUGUACUGUACUACUAUUCCUUCUGGUAGAUUUUUGCGAUCUCAUUUUGUAGUUUCUUUAAUUGCAUGAUGUUAAAUAAAAUGUCUAAAUUAUG